GUGACGCCGGCCACCCCUGGCAGCGGCCACGGUGCUUUUCCGUGAGCAGGGGCUGUGGCUCAGCCUGGAGGAGCUGCUCUGUACAGCAGCAGGGGCGACAGCAGAGGGAGCCGAGGCGCUCUGGGCAGAGGAGGCUGGGGGAUCGCAGUGUCUGUGCUGCAUUCCCCAAAGCAGCCGUGGCCCGCGCUGUGUGAAGUUCCCUGCACGCACUCAGCCGCGAUGCUCCUCACCCUCAAUUGUUGAUGAACCUUGGCGCUCGUCAACGCACGGGAGACAACCCGGUUUGCUUUCUUAGAGACAGGGAUGAGAAAUGAGCUGCCGAAGCAAUUUGGCAAUGAGGAGAGUGAAAGGCAGUUUCAUGCCAGCAGCUAAGUUGUAAAAUUGCUUUGGAGGCUGCUGCCUGGGGAGCACGAUAGAAUUGACAAGAACAGACACCGUUGCAGACCAAAGGCAUGCCUGAUUGCACUUGAGUCGGAUCGCUGGGAUGCAGCCUCCUCUCCUGCUCUAUUUGUGGCUGAAUAAAGGAAAGGAGACUAGAAACACGAUUCCAAGUGGUAUUCCUGAAGGGAAAACACAUACACUCCAAAAGGAGGGGAGAAACAGCCCAGCUGGUGUGUACAUUUUUUUUUUUAAAAGGAGAAUCCCUCAGACUUUUACAACUUCACCUUCAGACGGUCUCUAUUCCCAACAGCCAGUCUCCAUUGGUCUAAGUCCUAUGUUCAAGGCUCCUGAGAAAUUAUCCAAGUGAUCUCCGUUGCUCGUGAGUUCUCAUACAUUCUUCCCGUGGACCAUUCUCUUUCCACACAAAGUGGAUGAUCAGUUAAGGCCCUGACCUUGGAAUAGCCAACCUAAGUUGAGAAUUAGAACUUCUCUGGAGCUCUGCUGCUCUUCUGAUUAAUUCCUGGGUCUAGUGCUCAGCUUUUUCUGCAUCUGCUACAAGAGACGUCCUAUAGAUCAAGUUACCAACUGCUUUCAUUGUGAUUGUUUAUUCCCAGAUGCUGUUUGAGACACUAUAUGAAGUUAUGUGGAAAUGAGAGAGAUUCAUGAAACCCCUUCUCCGGGAGAGAAUGUCUUUCAUAAAUGGAGCUUUGCUUAUGGUUGUCACAGGACAUUGACACUGCAGCAGAACCAUGGCUGCCAUUCUUGGUAGUUUCAGUAAUUCACAGAACAUCUGAACAGAGAUGCUUGCCUUGGAUUUACAGAUUUUCAUCCUGAUACUUUGUUUACUACUUUGGGGCAGGAAAACUUGCACCAAUUGCUCUCCAUGGUGGCUAAUCUUUUCAAGAGCCUGAUUUUACCUUACAUACAUAAGCUUUGCAAAGGAAUGUUUACAAAGAAACUGGGAAAUACAACCAAAAAAAAAGAGAAUCGUCAGCACAAAAAGGAUCAAGACUUUCCUACUGCUGGCCAGACCAAAACCCCUAAAUUUUCUAAUACCUUAAAAAGCACUGUAAAGAAGAUUGCGAAGUGUUCAUCUACUCGCAACUUAUCCACUGAAGAAGACGAGACUAAUAAAGAAUUUUCCCUCUCACCAACAUUCAGUUACCGAGUAGCUAUCGCCAAUGGCCUACAAAAGAAUAUUAAUGUAACUAACAGUGAUAAUGAGGAUCUGCUUCAAGAGUUAUCUUCGAUUGAGAGUUCCUAUUCAGAAUCACUCAACGAACUAAGGAGUAGUACAGAAAACCAGGCACAGUCAACACACACAAUGCCAGUUAGACGCAAUAGAAAGAGUUCAAGCAGCCUGGCCCCCUCUGAGGGCAGUUCUGAUGGAGAACGCACUUUACAUAGCUUAAAGCUAGGAGCUUUACGCAAACUGAGAAAAUGGAAAAAGAGUCAGGAAUGUGUUUCAUCAGAUUCAGAGUUGAGCACAAUGAAGAAAACCUGGGGAAUAAGAAGUAAAUCUUUGGACAGAACUGCACGAAACCCAAAGACAAAUGCCCUCGAGCCAGGAUUCAGUUCCUCUGGCUGCAUUAGCCAAACACAUGAUGUCAUGGAAAUGAUCUUUAAGGAACUUCAGGGGAUAAGUCAGAUCGAAACGGAACUCUCUGAACUACGAGGGCAUGUCAAUGCUCUCAAGCAUUCUAUAGAUGAGAUCUCCAGCAGUGUGGAGGUUGUACAAAGUGAAAUUGAGCAGCUACGUACAGGGUUUGUCCAAUCUCGGAGGGAAACCAGAGACAUUCAUGACUAUAUUAAACAUUUAGGUCAUAUGGGUAGCAAGGCAAGCCUGAGGUUUCUAAAUGUGCCUGAAGAAAGAUUUGAAUACAUUGAAAGUGUGGUGUAUCAAAUUCUAGUAGAUAAAAUGGGCUUUUCAGAUGUACCAAAUGCAAUUAAAAUUGAAUUUGCUCAAAGGAUAGGACACCAGAGGGACUGCCCAAAUGCAAAACCUCGACCCAUACUCGUGUACUUUGAAACCCCUCAGCAAAGAGAUUCUGUAUUAAAAAAAUCAUACAAACUCAAAGGAACAGGCAUUGGAAUCUCAACAGAUAUUCUUACUCAUGACAUAAGAGAAAGAAAAGAAAGAGGGAUACCAUCCUCCCAGACAUAUGAAAGCAUGGAUAUAAAGCUGUCUACUCCAGAGCCCAAAAGCAAGAAGAAUAAUUGGCAGUCACCUGAUGACAGUGAUGGAGAGCUGGAAUCUGACCUCAAUAGAAAUAGUUACGCUGUGCUUUCCAAAUCAGAGUUUCCAACAAAAGGAAGUACUUCCAAGUCAAGUUCAAAAUCACACAAUUCAAGAGCCAAGAAUAAAACUGCUAGUGGCAGCAGAAUUUCAAGUAAGUCUGAUUAUGAUAAAAUUUCCUCACAAUUGCCAGAAUCAGAUAAUUUGGAAAAACAAACUACAACCCAUUAUGCAGAUGCUACACCCCUCUGGCAUUCACAGAGUGAUUUUUUCACUGCUAAACUUAGUCGUUCUGAAUCAGAUUUUUCCAAGUUGUGUCAAUCUUACUCAGAGGAUUUUUCAGAAAAUCAGUUUUUCACUAGAACUAAUGGAAGCUCCCUCCUGUCAUCUUCAGACCGAGAACUUUGGCAGAGGAAGCAGGAGGGCACAGCCACCUUGUAUGACAGUCCUCAGAAUCAACAUUUGAAAGGGGCACUUCAGGGUGCCCAAGGACAGAGUGAAAUUGAGAACACAGAAACUGUGGAUAGUGGAAUGAGUAAUGGUAUGGUAUGUGCAUCUGGGGACCGAAGUCAUUACAGUGAUUCUCAGCUCUCUUUACAUGAGGAUCUUUCUCCGUGGAAGGAAUGGAAUCAAGUAGAGCAAGGCACUGAUUUAGGUUUAGAUUCAUCCACCCAGGAAGCUUUUGACUAUGACACAAACAGUCUAUCUGAUCAACAACUAGAUGUUUACAAUAAAGACCUAGAAGACUUGGGAAAGGGCCACAGUGACUUUCAGGAUGACUCUGAGAGCUAUGAUUUAACCCAAGAUGACAAUUCAUCUCCAUGCCCUGGGUUGGAUAAUGAACCACAAGGCCAGUGGGUUGGCCAAUAUGAUUCUUACCAGGAAGCAAAUUCUAAUGAUCUGUACCAAAAUCAAAACCAAUUGUCCAUGAUGUAUCGAAGUCAAAGUGAAUUGCAAAGCGAUGAUUCAGAGGAUGCCCCACCCAAAUCUUGGCAUAGUCGAUUAAGUAUUGACCUUUCUGAUAAGUCUUUCAGUUUCCCAAAAUUUGGAUCUACAUUACAGAGAGCUAAAUCAGCAUUGGAAGUGGUAUGGAACAAAAGCACACAGAGUCUUAGUGGGUAUGAAGAUAGUGGCUCUUCCUUAAUGGGGAGAUUUCGGACAUUAUCCCAAUCAACUGCAAAUGAGUCAAGUACCACCCUUGAUUCUGAUGUCUACACAGAGCCUUUUUACUACAAAGCAGAGGAUGAGGAGGACUAUAGUGAACCAGUGGCUGAUAAUGAGACAGAUUAUGUUGAAGUGAUGGAGCAAGUCCUUGCAAAGCUAGAAAACAGGACUAGUAUGACUGAAACAGAUGAACAAAUGCAGGUAUACGAUCAUCCUUCAUAUGAAACACCUUAUGAAACCCCACAAGAUGAGGGUUAUGAUGUGCAGGCAGAUGAUAUGGUUAGUGAAGGAGGAUUGGAGCCAUUAAAUGAAACAUCAGCUGAAAUGGAAAUAAAAGAAGAUGAAAACCAAAACAUCCCUGAACAGCCCAUGGAAAUCAUAAAGCCAAAGAGAAUUCGUCCUUCUUUCAAAGAAGCAGCUUUAAAAGCCUAUAAGAAACAAAUGGCAGAAUUAGAAGAGAAGAUCCUGGCUGGAGAUAGCAGUUCUGUGGAUGAAAAGGCUCGAAUAGUAAGUGGCAAUGAUUUGGAGGCUGCCAAAUUCUCUGGACUCCAGGCGAUUGGUGGGGCUGGGCGAGGGCUUUAUGGUAUUGACAGUAUGCCAGAUCUCCGUAGGAAGAAAACUUUGCCCAUUGUACGAGAUGUGGCCAUGACUCUGGCUGCCCGGAAAUCUGGACUCUCCCUGGCUAUGGUCAUUAGGACAUCUCUAAACAAUGAGGAACUGAAAAUACAUGUCUUCAAGAAGACCUUGCAGGCACUGAUCUACCCCAUGUCCUCCACCACCCCUCACAAUUUUGAGGUCUGGACGGCAACAACACCCACCUACUGUUACGAGUGUGAAGGGCUCCUGUGGGGCAUUGCCCGGCAAGGCAUGAAGUGUUUGGAGUGUGGAGUGAAAUGCCAUGAAAAGUGUCAGGACCUCCUAAAUGCUGACUGUUUGCAGAGAGCAGCAGAAAAGAGUUCUAAGCAUGGUGCCGAAGACAAGACACAGACCAUCAUUACAGCUAUGAAAGAAAGAAUGAAGAUUAGGGAGAAAAACAGGCCAGAGGUGUUUGAAGUAAUUCAGGAAAUGUUUCAGAUUUCUAAAGAAGAUUUCGUGCAGUACACAAAAGCGGCCAAGCAGAGUGUACUGGAUGGGACAUCUAAGUGGUCAGCAAAAAUAACCAUUACAGUGGUUUCUGCACAAGGCUUGCAGGCAAAAGACAAAACAGGGUCUAGUGACCCAUAUGUUACUGUUCAAGUUGGAAAGAACAAAAGAAGAACUAAAACCAUUUUUGGAAACUUGAAUCCAGUAUGGGAUGAGAAGUUUUAUUUUGAGUGCCAUAACUCCACAGAUCGAAUCAAAGUCAGAGUGUGGGAUGAAGAUGAUGACAUUAAAUCCAGAGUCAAGCAGCAUUUCAAAAAGGAGUCAGAUGAUUUUUUGGGACAAACAAUUGUAGAAGUGAGGACCCUGAGUGGAGAGAUGGAUGUCUGGUACAACUUAGAGAAACGGACAGAUAAGUCAGCUGUAUCUGGGGCCAUAAGAUUGAAAAUCAAUGUGGAGAUAAAAGGAGAGGAGAAGGUUGCCCCAUAUCAUAUACAAUAUACAUGUUUACAUGAGAAUCUGUUCCAUUACUUGACUGAAGUGAAGUCUAAUGGUGGAGUGAAAAUACCAGAGGUCAAAGGGGAGGAAGCCUGGAAGGUUUUCUUUGAUGAUGCUUCCCAAGAAAUAGUCGAUGAAUUUGCCAUGCGUUACGGGAUUGAAUCCAUUUAUCAAGCUAUGACGCACUUUUCAUGUCUGUCUUCUAAAUACAUGUGCCCUGGUGUCCCUGCUGUCAUGAGCACCUUGUUGGCGAAUAUAAAUGCUUUCUAUGCUCACACAACAGUUGCAACAAAUGUACAGGUUUCUGCCUCAGAUCGAUUUGCUGCUACCAACUUUGGUAGGGAAAAAUUCAUAAAACUAUUGGACCAGUUGCAUAACUCUUUAAGGAUUGACCUGUCAAAGUAUAGGGAAAACUUCCCAGCCAGCAAUGCUGAACGACUGCAAGACCUGAAAUCAACUGUUGACCUACUAACAAGCAUCACCUUCUUCAGGAUGAAGGUUCUGGAGCUGCAAAGUCCCCCAAAGGCCAGCAUGGUGGUGAAGGACUGUGUUAGGGCGUGCCUGGAUUCUACAUACAAGUAUAUUUUUGACAAUUGCCAUGAACUCUAUUCUCAACUAAUUGAUCCGAGUAAGAAACAGGACAUUCCUCGGGAAGAUCAGGGACCAACCACCAAGAAUUUGGAUUUUUGGCCCCAGCUUAUUACACUGAUGGUCACUAUUAUUGAUGAGGAUAAAACUGCCUACACACCAGUCCUGAAUCAGUUUCCUCAAGAGCUGAACAUGGGAAAAAUAAGCGCUGAAAUUAUGUGGACCCUUUUUGCUCAGGAUAUGAAAUAUGCAUUAGAAGAACAUGAGAAGCAGCGGUUAUGCAAGAGCACCGAUUAUAUGAAUUUGCAUUUCAAAGUGAAAUGGUUUUAUAAUGAAUACGUGCGAGAGCUUCCUGCCUUCAAGGAUGCUGUCCCUGAAUAUUCCUUGUGGUUUGAGCCUUUUGUCAUGCAGUGGCUAGAUGAAAAUGAAGAUGUAUCAAUGGAGUUUCUUCAUGGAGCACUAGGAAGAGACAAAAAAGAUGGAUUCCAGCAGACGUCUGAUCAUGCCCUCUUCUCUUGUUCUGUGGUUGAUGUCUUUGCUCAGCUUAACCAGAGCUUUGAGAUUAUUAAGAAACUGGAGUGCCCUAAUCCUGAAGCAUUAUCUCACUUAAUGAGAAGAUUUGCAAAGACUAUCAAUAAAGUACUGCUUCAGUAUGCUGCGAUUGUAUCGAGUGAUUUCAGUUCAUACUGCGAUAAGGAAAAUGUGCCCUGUAUAUUGAUGAACAAUAUUCAACAAUUGCGGGUCCAGCUGGAAAAAAUGUUUGAAUCCAUGGGAGGGAAAGAGCUAGAUCCUGAAGCUAGUGCUAUUCUAAAAGAACUUCAAGUUAAACUCAAUGGGGUUCUGGAUGAGCUCAGCAUCACUUAUGGUGAAAGUUUCCAGCUUAUCAUUGAAGACUGUAUAAAACAGAUGAGUUUUGAACUAAACCAAAUGAGAACAAAUGGAAAUACUGCAUCUAAUAAGAACAGUGCAGCAAUGGAUGCAGAGAUUGUGUUAAGACCCCUCAUGGACUUCUUGGACAAAACAUUAAGUCUCUCAGCAAAAAUCUGUGAGAAAACCGUCCUAAAACGAGUUUUAAAGGAGUUAUGGAAGCUAGUUCUUAACAAAAUAGAAAAACAAAUUGUCCUCCCUCCUCUGACAGAUCAAACAGGACCUCAGAUGAUUUUCAUUGCAGCUAAAGAUCUUGGACAAUUAUCCAAACUGAAGGAGCACAUGAUUCGGGAGGAUGCCAAGGGUCUGACACCAAGACAGUGUGCUGUGAUGGAGGUGGUCCUGGCUACUAUCAAGCAAUACUUUCAUGCAGGAGGAAAUGGCCUGAAAAAGAAUUUCUUGGAGAAAAGCCCAGAUCUUCAGUCUCUGAGAUAUGCUCUCAGUCUUUAUACCCAGACAACUGAUGCCUUGAUAAAGAAAUUCAUAGACACUCAGACCUCACAGACCACAACGGUUUUCAAAGGUCGCCCCUCGAAAGAUUCAGUGGGUCAGAUUUCUGUUCAUGUGGACAUCACCACUACCCCAGGAACUGGAGAGCAUAAAGUCACUGUAAAAGUGAUUGCUAUUAAUGAUCUUAACUGGCAGACCACUGCAAUGUUCAGGCCCUUUGUGGAAGUUUGUAUACUGGGACCCAACCUUGGAGACAAGAAGAGAAAACAAGGCACAAAGACAAAAAGCAACACAUGGUCACCCAAGUACAAUGAAACAUUUCAAUUCAUUCUAGGUAAUGAAAACCGGCCAGGGGCUUAUGAACUUCAUCUAUCAGUUAAAGAUUACUGCUUUGCCCGAGAAGAUAGAAUUAUCGGAAUGACGGUAAUUCGGCUACAGAACAUAGCAGAAAAAGGAAGCUACGGGGCAUGGUAUCCCCUUCUGAAAAAUGUCUCCCUGGAUGAAACUGGUUUGACUAUCCUUAGAAUACUCUCUCAGAGGACCAACGAUGAUGUGGCUAAAGAAUUUGUAAGACUGAAAUCUGAAACCAGAUCUGCUGAAGAGACUGCUUAAACAAAUACUGCAAGAUAUCAUCUUCAAGAAUUCAUAAACUAUAACUGUUUGACUACUGCAUGCAUGUGCAAAUACAUGGGAAUGUUUAAUAGUUCACUAUGUUUCAGUGUUUGCCAGUACUCAGUGUCCACAAAGUAUGUGGAAAACUUGCUGAACUUUUUAUACCAAUUCUGGUCUUUGGGAAAUAAAUGUUCCAUGAAGUGCCAAAAUUAUGAUGUAAAGUGAAAUAUCCAGCAUAUCUUUUAAAAUGUUUCAUUUCAUUACCAGUUCUCAUCCUUUAAACAUACUAAAACACAACUAGGUGUUUUGUUUUGUUUUGGUUUUGGUUAGUCCGUUGUCUUUUAAAUUAGCUUAUAUUGCCCAUAGAUCAGAAGGCAUUUGUUACCCACAUUCUGUUUCAUUUAGACUUACCUCAUUGUAGACGUCAUACAAAGAACUUUUUCUAUCAUAACUAGAAAUACAGUCACUUCUAGAAAGUGUUUGUAAUUUUAUAGUUGCAGAUCUAUUGUGAUGAUUUUUGCAUACAAAUUAAAAUAGAAAAGGUGGGAAAUAUUUUAUGCUGACCAGUUUCCAACCUUUCUGAAAUAUCACUGUGAAGAAAUGCUAUUAAAGCAAACUUAUACAAAGCAAUGCUAAAUAGAGUUUGUUAACAAUGUUUGAUAUAUUGACAAAACUUUGUUCUUUAAAACUGCCAAGGUCACAUCACAUUUGUAAAAAAGGUAAGUUGAUGCAUUUGCCAUCUAGCACUAUGUCUUGGCUUUACCAAAUUUCAUUCUUUAGAAAGUCAUUGGAUUAAGGGUUUAGAAAUGCAAUGGAAGGUUUGUUUCUUCAAAUUACCUAUAAUAAGUAACUAUACUGUUAGUGUUUUCCCUCUGACAGUUAUGACUAUCUCCUUAUUUAUUUAGCACUAUAAUCAUUUAAUUGCUUUUUUCUUUUUAAAACUAGUCAACAAUUUGUACUGAAUGCAGCAUUACUAUAUAUUGCACUGGAGCAAAAAUACAUGUCUUCAUCUAUUUAAUGAAAAAUGUAAAAUAAGGUCUGAAGAAAUUGCUUAUAAUUUUGUAAUUUAUGUUAUUUAUGAGCACAAAGGCAUAAGAUACAAUAAGAAAACAACUUAGUACAGCUUGGUACAUAAAAAAUAACUAGAUUGGAUUUUCAUUAUGAAAUAGUUUAUGAAUAUUUGCAUUUUCUGUGUUUUUAUGGUUUGACUUUUUAGAGUCUGUAUCUAAAUACUUGGCUGUACAACAGUACUUCGUAAUUGUACUUAUGGUCAUAACUGUUAGUGGACAACAUACACAUGCAGAAACAAGAAUCUGUUACAAUGAUUGUGUUUUGUGAAUAAGCUGGUCUGAUAUGCUAAGGACAGAUAUGAAUAGUAUCAUGACUCUCAGAACCAUUCUGUUACUGGAUGUGAAAACACAUACGGGAGACAUCCACUAUUUCAUGUUAAAUUGUUAGGCAAUUGCUUUGUUAAUGACUUCUUCAAACGCAUAGUACAAUACUAUCCUCUGGCAUAUGCAUUAAUAAAUGGAUGUUUAUUGAACACACAUAA